AUGGAGAAAGUCUAUUCCACUUUCCUCUUGUUCACGGUCUGGAGUCCUUUGCGGCAGUUGAGGUUCACCUGUGUGUUGGAGAUUAUGCUCUUCUUCUUCUGGCUAAUUCUCCUAGUUCUCCCAUGGGUAGAUGCCACUGUCAACCAUACCAGUGUGUGGAACAAUAGUACCAGUGUUUGGGACAAGGGUACCACGUCAUUGAGCAUUGCCAUCCAACCUAGGCAAAAUAUUAUUAUGAAAUGUCAUCAGUGUUCUCAGAAGAACACCUUCAAUUGCCCCAGGGAACAUCCAUGUAAUGAUGAUCAAAGACGCUGUGGGACAAUUGCCGUACGUAUGAGCUCUAGAGCACUCUUAGUCUACAAACACUGUAUGAGAGAGUGCACUUUCGUGCAUGUUCAGCCUCCACCAACUGAGUUGUCAAGAAGACUUCCCAGCACCAAUAGCUUCUACUAUUCCAACUGCUGCUCCGGCGUUCUUUGCAAUGAUGGAGGACCUACUAAUGUAGAGAGGGACUUGUUACCUCCCCUUGUGGUUGAAGAAGAAGUAGUUGCCAGAGCUGUGUCUCCAGGGGAGUGCAACCUUCUCUUGACCCUUGCCUUAAUCCUCUCUAGCAGCAUACUGACCUGA